AUUUGAAAAUAGACUUCUAACCUAAUGCAAGUUAGACAUUUAAUUGAGUUCCUUAGUAGAUCUGUGUAGAUUGUAGAAAUGGAGCAUUAUGGGAUGUGGUUGAUUUGUAUGUAGUCCGUGGUGAGCGAAGUGUCAUCUAUUGUAUUCCGAUUAAAUGUAGUUUUGUUGUGAAAAUAACAUGGAAGAAACUAAAGUGAUAUACCAUAUAGAUGACGAGGAAACCCCAUAUCUAGUAAAAUUGUCUAUUGCACCGGAAAGAGUCACUUUAGCAGACUUUAAAAAUGUUCUUAACAGGCCCAACUACAAGUACUUCUUCAAGUCAAUGGACGUUGAUUUUGGGGUGGUGAAAGAAGAGAUAAUAGACGAUGAUGCACAUCUUCCAUGUUUUAAUGGCAGAGUUGUCUCAUGGUUAGUCUCGGCGGAGGGCAGCAAUGUUUCAGAUGGCACAUCUCAAUGUACAGAAAGCGCAGGGGGUCACUCUGAUGGUAAACCUCAACCAGAACGAGCUGCUGAACCUCCUCCGAUCUUGAACUCAACUCACACUGUACGCACAAAACACUGA